UAUUAAAACUUAAUAUAAUAAAGCAUGAAACUUUAUGCAUUAGAGUUUCCAUAUUCUACAAGUUUUCUUAUAAUUUAUGAAAAAAUAUUUUCAGAUGCCCUGAAUCAUUACAAGACAGAAAAUGGUAUUCAGCCUGCGAUGGUGGUGGUUUAUCGAGACGGUGUUGGGGAAGGACAGCUGGAAUAUGUAAAAGAACAUGAAAUUGCUGCUAUUAAGAGGUGUUUUGAGGAUACUUGUGAAAAGCAGCCAAAGUUUGCCUUUGUGCUUGUAUCCAAGAGAAUUACCACUCGCAUCUUCCUUGACAACCGUGGUCAACCAGACAACCCUCCUCCAGGCACAGUUGUAGAUGAUAUUAUUACACUACCAGAAAGGUUAUGA